AUGGCCCCAAUCAAGAGCAUAGAAUACUUCCGUGUCAAGCCACGCUGGCUGAUGGUGAAGAUUAUCGAUGAGAAGGGGCAAUAUGGCUGGGGUGAAGGUACCCUCGAGAGCCACGAUCUCGCUGUUGAAGGGGCGCUCGACGAGAUGAUUGUCCGACUUAUUGGGUAUGAGGCAAAUGAAAUCGAGCACAUAUGGCAAACCUUCUGGAGGCAUGGUUUCUACCGUGGUGGUCCGGUGUUCAUGUCCGCGCUCUCUGGAAUUGAUAUCGCGUUAUGGGAUCUCAAAGGCCGAACUCUGGGCUUCCCCAUCUAUGAAUUACUCGGUGGAAAAGUCAGAAACAAAGUGCAGGUCUACGCCUGGAUCGGCGGCGACAGACCCGCAGACGUCGCAACGGCUGCCAAAGCACGCAUAGCCCAAGGCCUCAAAUGCGUCAAAAUGAAUGCCACUGAAGACACCAACUGGGUGGACUCUCCUUCAAUCCUCGACGCGACAGUCGAGCGCCUGAAGAUUGUCAAGUCGAUGGGGCUGGACGCUGGACUCGACUUCCAUGGCCGCUUGCACAAGCCGAUGGCUAAACAACUCGCCAAAGCGUUGGAGCCCCAUCGUCCACUGUUUAUUGAAGAGCCGUUGCUUUGUGAACAUCCAGAGGCUAUCAAGCAGUUGAGCGACAGCACAACGAUUCCGAUUGCAUUUGGUGAGAGGCUCUAUACGCGCUGGGAUAUCAAGCGCUUCCUUGAAGACGCCAGCGUCGACGUCCUGCAGCCCGACAUCGCGCACGCGGGCGGAAUUUCCGAAACGAGGAAAAUCGCCAUCAUGGCCGAAGCGUACGAUGUUGCCAUUGCGCCGCACUGUCCUCUCGGCCCAGUGGCAUUUGCUGCGUCGCUCCAGGUUGCGUUGGCGACUCCAAAUUUCGCCAUCUUGGAGAUGAGUCUAGGGAUGCAUUAUAAUACCGAAGCAGGGGAUGAUAUUGAUUUACUUACAUACAUGAAGGAUCAGAGCGUAUUUGAUAUCACGGAUGGGUAUGUGAAGGCGCCGACGGGCGUGGGGCUAGGUAUUGAGAUUGAUGAGGAGAUGGUGAGGAGAAUUAGUAAGGAUACGAAGCCGUGGCAGUGCAAGGAGUUUUUUGGGCCGGAUGGAAGUAUUAGGGAGUGGUAA